GUCAUGAUUUCAUUUGCCAAACAAAAAUCAGAGACAUGAAAAGGCUUAGGCGAAUCGCCAAAUUGUUCAUUUUCUGGGUUUUGGUCUCACUCCACACUCGAGCUCUCUCCACCGAUAUGGGAGAUGGAGGCCAAAAGCAUGCUAAAGCCAAGGAGGAGAAGCCAUCCAUUGCAAAGAUUGUCUUGGGCACGGUUUCUCGCCUAAGAGAAUCCCAUAAGAUCUCGUGGAUCAAGAUCAAGACCAUCAUGAACAAUGUGCAGCUCCAAUUCUUCCCUCCAGAUUUAGAUUUUAGAAGCAGGGACGAUGCGAUUGUUGAUAACCAGAACAACGCGGGCUCAAAGGUGGAACACGCGGUCAAGAAGAGCUUUGGGACUAGCAAAGUGACGGUGGAGGAGACUGCGAAAUCCACAGCCGAAGUUGUGGGAAAAGCCGUGCGCAAGACAUUGGAGAAGGUUUUUUGGGAGCAUGUCUGAUGAAGAUGAAGGCGAAGAGUCAAAAUCAGAGCUUUAACGAAAAGAUUGGUCAAAUGAUGCCGCCAUAUUAGUUUCCUUUUUCCUUUCCUCCCUUAAAUGUUGUACUAGUUGAUCAGCAAAUUCUUGGAUUAUCUCCUUGAAUCAAAGCUGCAUUUGCAUGCACAAGCAAUUGUACCCUUGAUCUUAAUCCCAUCUCAGUGUCUCCAGAUGAAGGCUGAUACAACCCGAGUCGAACAAAAGAUCAGGCGGCAAAAACCCAAUG